CAGACCAGUGAAAUUCCUUUUUGCUCCCAACUUGAGGAAGUUUUCUCACACAUUACCACAUACAGUUUGACUCAAAAAGGCUCAAAAUAGAAGCGCCAGGACUUCACACUGCCACACAGGGAAGUACAACAACCAUCUUUGUGGAAUAUUUCGCUAAAACCUUCCAAAGUGUUUGGACUACUUCUGUUAAAAGUCAGGUGAACUCUGUUCUCCAGCUGUACCGGACUCAUGACAGCAGGGCAGGUUUCGAGUUGUCGAACAGCUUGACUACACUGGAUGUCUCGUGGGAACCUCAUAUGCUGGGAGAAGACUUAACUGUAAUGUUGACAACAUGCAGCCAAGACUUGUCCUCAUGUCAUAUUAUGAAAACCAAGUAUAAGCGACCUGUGCAGAUGUCAUUUAACCUUCUUACUGGAGAGGGUUAGAGAAGUGUGAGAGGUUUAUCUGUACAAAGGCCUUUUGUUUUUAGAGAGCUUUAGUGGCGAAAUUGAAGCGGCGUGAAUAACUACAGGUUGGAAGAGAAAUCUUUUCAAGGGAAACUCAAAGUACAACUUUUGGGAAGCACAAAUGGCGAGUGAAAGUGAUAACCUGGACGAACAAAAGAAGCACUCCUCUAAUUCCAUGUUGAAUGUUUUCAACAACUUAUUCAUGCGGGAUCAUUCUUCUGAUACUCCUGUGUUGACGUCUUUUAAGGAACUGCCAGAUGGAGACACCGAUGCUUGUCAAUGUAAUAGUGAUGGAGCACUCCAGGAGACCGAGUCCUCGAUCAAAACGGCUCGUGAACAGAUGGAAGGAGCCCCACAAGUCUCUGAUUUGGAUCUUGUACAAGUGACAAGGGUAGAAACGCAUAGUGACACAGACAAUGAGGAGGAUGAGACGCCAAAAAGCAGUAAAGGUUUACCUGAGAAGAUUGAUGUUUCCUCAAAGGCUCUCCUAUCCGAAGGAGGCAGUGCUGCAAAAGGAAACAAGAAAGAGAAUGAGCCACAAAUACCAGUUUUUAGAACGCAUGGUUUUAGAGAUAGAUCAACCAUAGAAGCCAUUUUAAAUUCUAGCAGGCUUGGUCGCAGGGGUAAAUCUAGGCCAUCAGCUGGAUCGUCAGUAUCUAAGAAGGAAGAUGGAGUUGAUUCCAAGAAUAGUCCUUCUACAGAACCUACUAAGGAUAAUGCUAAUUUGAAUGUAGCAGUUGAAUCAGAAGUAAAUGAUGAGUAUGAUAGCAUAGAUUGUUCUCAGCCUGUUCCUUCUGUAAUUUCUGGCAAUCAGAUAUUACAAACAACUGUUAAUAAUGAUGAUGGGGUCUUGCCGACAAAACCUCCGGAAAACAUGAAAAAAGCUGAGGAGCCCAAACCUAAUAAGAUUCCCGAAUCAGUCCAGUCAUCUCCCAAACCAGAGAAGGCACUUAAUUUGACCCUUUCAGGGUCCAAAGGACCAUCAGACUCUACAGGCAUCAGUGAGCCAUCUGUCAGCUCAUCUGCAAAGCGGACAGCUGAUUCAAAGACGCUACAAGCAGCAUCACCACUUUCAUCUGCUGCCGCCGCCUCUAGCUCUGUCUCCCCACCCAGGGGGACACAGCUCUCUUCCCCAUCCUCCUUUCAGAUGCCAGCUCUGUUCAGUGGUGUUCGAGUGCUAAAGAAAGGAGCAGUAGGAGAUGAGAGGGAGGUUGUGUCAGAGAUCAAGCAAAGGGAGAAGGAUGCUGAUUUGGCUCUCCUUAGCCUCAAGAAAACAGUAAACAAAGCCAAGCUUUUCCCUGAACAGAGGACGAGCUCCAGUAUCAAAAAGCCCAAUGAGCCCAAAUCACUGAUAACAUCUAAAAGCACUGCAAAGGGACAGCUUACUCAGCGCCUUACCUCGGACAACCAUGAUGACACUAAAAAGUCAAAUGAUGGAAAGGAAGGAGACAUGGAAGGUAAAAAACAAUCUGAAAAAGGAGAAGACACUUCUGGGGAGAGCAAAACUGGACUAGAAACUCUAAAGUCCCCACCAGAAAAAAAGAAAACCUCAGAUAUAGCUUACGAGACCUUUAAAAACAUCUUUGGCCCGAAGAUCAAAACUGAUAAAGGGGAAGACGUUGACAUUGAGGCAGUGAAGAAAAAAAUUAAAAGCGACAAGGAAAAUCUGCGGUUAAUUUUUGAGCGAACUGCUAAGAGUCCUGGCAAAGAUGUUACAAACUCUACGGAGGCUACUACAGAGGUCUCUCCAACAGACAGUGAGGACCGGACUCCGGGCCGUCUUCAUGCUGUGUGGCCUCCACCCAAACCCAAAGAUGAGGAGGAGAAGGUGGGGCUUAAGUACACAGAGGCAGAGCACCAGGCUGCUCUCUUGCAGCUGAAAAGGGAGUGCAAGGAGGAGCUGGAGAGGAUGCAUUCUGACUUUGAGCUUAAAAUCUUCCAACUUCGAGGUGAGCAUGCUGUCUCAAUAUCACAGCUGGAGGGAGCCAUUGCUAAGCUGCGAAAGGAAAAGCUGCACAGUGUGGGUCAGGAUCUUAGUCCUGUCUGCGAUGUGGCUGUGUCCACCUCAGACGAUUUGACCCCUAAGACCUGUCGCACUGUGGGGAUCCAAACUGACCGGGAGACCUUCAUUAGGAGUCCAGAGGGGGAUGGAGGGGAACUUGCUCAAAGCCCAAGUCAGAAUACAUGUGGGAAACUUAACUUAGAUUCUAUUGGACUAAACCUCAAAGCUGAAGCUGCAUUAGGAACUUCUGGACCAACACCACCUCCUCCCCCACCUCCACCUCCCCCACCUCCACCAGGCAUCUCAUUGCCACCACCACCCCCUCCUCCCCCCUUGCCAGGUCAUACUGGAGUUCCACCACCACCCCCUCCUCCCCCUUUGCCAGGUCAUACUGGAGUUCCCCCACCACCACCUCCACCUCCUGGCCUACCUGGAGCAGGUCCACCUCCUCCUCCACCUCCUCCAGGCUGUGGACCACCACCUCCACCUCCAAUGGGGGGGUUCUCCAUGAAAGUUGAUGCUGCUCCUAGGAAACCUGCUAUUGAGCCUGCCUGUCCCAUGAAGCCUCUGUACUGGACCCGGAUACAGAUACAGGAAAACAACAACAACACACUCUGGGGUUCCUUGAAAGAGCCAGACAUCGUCAACGCUAACGAGUUUGAGGAUCUGUUCUCCAAGACUACAAUCACACAGAAAAAGAAGCCCUUAUCAGACACCUAUGAAAAGAAAACCAAAGCUAAGAAGAUCAUCAAGCUGCUGGAUGGGAAACGCUCUCAAGCGGUUGGGAUCCUCAUAUCGAGCCUGCAUCUGGAAAUGAAGGACAUCCAGCAAGCUGUUCUUAAUGUGGACAACUCUGUGGUGGAUUUGGAGACCAUUGAGGCAUUGUAUGAAAAUAGGGCCACCAGUGAUGAGAUUGACAGGAUCAUGAAACAUUAUGAGACAUCCAAAGAAGAUGAAGUGAAACUUUUGGACAAACCUGAACAGUUUCUUUACGAGCUGUCCCAGAUUCCUGACUUUGCAGGCAGAGCUCACUCCAUGAUCUUCCAGUCACUAUUUCUCGACACUAUCUCCUCCUUACAUCGUAAAGUGGAAGUUAUCUCCAAAGUCUGUGACGACCUUCUUGGUUGUGAUAGCCUGCGUGAUGUGAUGGGUCUAGUUCUAGCCUUUGGAAACUAUAUGAAUGGAGGCAACAGGACAAGAGGUCAGGCGGAUGGAUUUGGGUUGGAGAUUCUCCCAAAGCUAAAAGAUGUCAAGAGCAGGGACAAUCAUAUCAAUCUCGUGGAUUAUGUGGUUUUAUACUAUUUGCGAAAUUUUGACAAACAUGCUGGUACAGAAAAGAGUGUGUUUCCUCUGCCUGAGCCUCAAGAGUUCUUCCAAGCAGCACAGGUCAAGUUUGAUGACCUUGCCAAAGACAUCAGGAAACUCAAGCGGGAUCUGACUGCUUGCGAGAAGAAUGUGGAGAAAGUCUGUACCAAUUCGUCAGAGGAACACCUGCAGCCCUUUAAGCAGAAGAUGGAGGCCUUUGUUUCAGCCGCUCAAAAAGAGCAUUCUGAUGAAGAAAAGCGGUACGACGCAGUACAAAAAAGUUUCCAGGAUGUAGUGAGCUAUUUUGGUGUGAAGCCUAAGCCUGGUGAGAAAGAAGUCACUCCAAACUAUAUCUUCAUGCUCUGGUACGAGUUCUGCAAUGAUUUCAAGAACUCCUGGAAAAAACAAAGCAAGAUCAUUUCCCAGGAGAGGUUGAAGGAAGCUCAAGAAAAUAUAAAGAAAAUCACUGCAGAAAAAAGAGUGGAAACCAAAAAGAUCAAUGCCAACAGUCUGAAAGAGAGGUUAAGGCAGAAGGAAGCCAAUGUGCCGUCCAGCUGAAGGAGAUGAUGACUUUCAAGGCAGAAGAAGAGAUGGUUAUGUGGGAAAGUCUGCAGGCCUCUUCCACUUUACAUUUACCACCUGUCUCACAAUAAAACCUGAGCAGAUUUAUUGUUGUAUCUUUGCUCCACUAACUGCAACCUCGGCCCUAUCUUCCACACUCAUCCCUACCUCCAUUUUCAGUUGUUUUUUUUCUUUGCUCAGCUCAUGCAGUGAGAAUCCGAAGCCAACACUGCUGAGGUGAUGGGACGUUUAAAGCCAAAGGUUGACCUCAUUCAUCCGGCAUGCUACGACCUCUGAUUGCCCAGCUUGGGAUAGGUCUCCAGGGUUCACUGGGAUUCUCAGUAAGCUCCACAAGCUUUCCUCUGGAUUUCCAGCAGCCGUGGAUUGUCACUUUUCUAAAUUUCCUCAGACAGCUUACGAGAGAAAAUGAAAAUGCUCUGACAAAUUCACAGUUUUCCAACCCCCGGUGGUGUUGUAGGAACAUAUGCUGCUUCCUGUUUCUGUCUUCUUAGAGAAAAAUCCCUGUUGACAAAACAGAUCUUUCUUCCUUAGAACAGGAAGUUAUCACAUCUUUUGUAGUACCGGUAAGUACCCUCUUUGAUUUAGGCCGCCUUAUUUAAAAAAGACGUUCUGUCAGUGCAUCGUGUUGAAAGAUUUGCAGGGACUGUGCAUCUUUUGUGCAAUAUUAUAAAUAUUUAUCACCUUCAAGCAGAGACAUGGACUCGUCGAGUGUGGAUUGCACAGAUGGUUUGCUGUGUUGUGUGUUGCGAUGCACCAGACUGAGCUCUACUGGGCCACAGCCAGAGGCGGGUGGUAGCUGGCAGCGAGUCCGGUGUAAAGCCUCGGCCUCCUAACACACAAACUCAUAAAAACCCCAGAAGAACUGCAAGUCUCCUAGCUCUACACUUUCUUUUGAUUAAAUAAAUAAGAAAAGAAGAAGAAAUUUACAUCACACUGUGCUUUGUGCGGUUCUAAGCACUUUCCUGCUUGUAGUAGAUGUAUGCUGUAACACUACUCUAAGCUAUGAUGCCUCUGUGCAUUUUUUUCAGCCUGCUUGCACUCCUGCUUUGCACCUUUUUUCUAUGCAAUAGUUUAAUCAUUUAAUGAUUUGAAUAUUAAUUUAAAACAAAGUCAUGUUAGUAAUGAAAUUCUAUUUUAAAAGUCGAUUGUUAAAAAUGAGUUUUAUGUACAAAUGUGUGGCAAAAAUAUUUUGUCAUUGGAAAAGAAAGUAUGUCUUUUUAAAGAAAAAUCAUUAUCUCAUGGCUGAAAACGUUAGAUUUAAUGCUUUUUGAGCUUGUCUUGUCAUACGUUUGUAAGCCCCUGGUAAACUAGGAGAAAAAUAUAUUUUCACAUGAAUGCUACUGGGAUGUUGUGUAUAUUUAAACUUUAAACAGUGCUGCCUUUUAUGAUUAGAUUUUUGCUGCUACGGUUCUGUUUUGGGUAAUGAAGAAGGAACGUGACCUCAGAUGAACUUUCAUUUAUAGAACUCUCCAAUUCCCUUUGUACUCUCUGUACUUUGGUUUACAGGUGUUGUCUAUUUUUAUACUGGAAAUGUAAAACCUUUAACAGUUUUAUUUUUCUUCAGGUGGCUAGGAAAACGAAAAUGAGCUGGCGCUAUGGACUAGUAGCUUGUAUGUUGACCUAUCGUCAGCUUCUCCAUUUGCAGGGGUGCAUUAUUUUUUAUAGAAUUGUUUUACAUUUCAAGAAUAUACUCUUAAAUGCCAAGAGGAGCCAUUGAGGUAAAAAUAUGCACCCUAGAAGAUGAAAACUACUUUAUUUGAUCUCUUUUUAGCUGUCAGUUAUUCUAUUUUAAAGGCCUGUACCAUGUAAAUCUUAUACUUUGUAUAGUCAAGAAGGUUUGAUCAUUCUUUUAGCUGCUGGGCAGUAAAAUUCUUUGAGUUUGGCAUUAGCCUGCAAUACUGUUUUGUCAUUUGUCAAAUUGCUUAUUUCAAUCUAAAAUAAAAAUAAAAAUACAUUUGAACAAAAAUAA